ACCGACUGAUUCUGCUUCCCGUGUUGGUGAGGCUUUACAGUGGAGUGAGUGGGAGAGCGAGAACGAGAGAUAAAGCUCUUAAAUUGAAUUGAGAGCGAGAGAGGGGUAGGGCGGAGAAUUGAGAGAAGCAAGCUCACUGCCAACUGUGGUAGCGCAAUAUGGAGUAAUCGCGUCCGUUCGAGAACGACGGGAGUAGUUUACAAAGAAAACCCCGCUUUGGAUCGACAUUACAUUAGCAAGGAAUAAGAUAACAAUUUCAAUUAUGAGAUUACGGCAUUGCAUAUAGACAAUUGACUUGAAGAGACUAAAAUAGACGUUGCAAUUUCUAUGUAUUAUUGAAAAAUGGCGAACGAGUCUCCAGCUAAAAGUCUAGUGGACAUAGACCUUGCCUCUUUGCGGGACCCAGCUGGUAUUUUCGAACUGGUGGAAGUGGUCGGCAAUGGUACCUAUGGACAAGUAUACAAGGGCCGACAUGUCAAGACAGGACAACUGGCGGCCAUCAAGGUCAUGGACGUCACAGAGGAUGAAGAGGAGGAGAUUAAACUGGAGAUUAAUAUGCUGAAGAAGUACUCCCACCACAGAAACAUAGCCACCUACUACGGAGCCUUCAUCAAGAAGAGCCCUCCAGGACACGACGACCAGCUAUGGCUGGUGAUGGAGUUCUGUGGUGCAGGCUCCAUCACAGACCUUGUGAAGAACACCAAGGGCAACACACUGAAGGAGGACUGGAUCGCCUACAUCUCUCGUGAGAUCCUCAGGGGGUUGGCUCACCUGCACGCCCACCAUGUGAUCCACCGUGACAUCAAGGGCCAGAACGUGCUGCUGACUGAGAACGCAGAGGUCAAACUAGUGGACUUCGGUGUGAGCGCCCAGCUGGACCGGACAGUGGGUAGGAGGAACACCUUCAUUGGUACGCCCUAUUGGAUGGCGCCCGAGGUCAUCGCCUGUGACGAGAACCCAGACGCCACCUAUGACUACAGAAGUGACUUGUGGUCCACUGGAAUCACAGCUAUAGAGAUGGCUGAGGGAGCUCCUCCGCUGUGCGAUAUGCAUCCAAUGAGAGCUCUCUUCCUCAUCCCCAGAAACCCUCCUCCUCGACUCAAGUCAAAGAAAUGGUCUAAGAAGUUUUGCAGCUUCAUCGAGGGCUCCCUGGUGAAGAACUACACUCAGCGCCCCCCCACCGACCAGCUGCUGAAACACCCCUUCAUCAGAGACCAGCCCAACGAGAGGCAGGUCCGCAUCCAGCUCAAAGACCACAUCGACCGCACCAAGAAGAAGAGGGGGGAGAAGGAUGAAACCGAGUAUGAGUACAGCGGGAGUGAGGAAGAGGAGGAGGAAGCUCAGGAGCAGGAGGGGGAGCCCAGCUCCAUAGUGAACCAACCAGGGGAGUCAACCCUGCGUAGGGAUUUCAUCCGUCUGCAGCAAGAGAACAAGGAGCGCUCAGAGGCCCUGCGCAGACAGCAGCUCUUGCAGGAGCAGCAGCUCCGGGAGCAGGAGGAGUACAAGCGCCAACUACUGGCAGAGAGGCAGAAACGCAUCGAGCAGCAGAAGGAGCAGAGGAGGAGGCUGGAGGAGCAACAACGUCGUGAGCGGGAGAUGAGGAGGCAGCAGGAGCGCGAGCAGCGUCGCCGGGAGCAGGAUGACAAGAGGCGCAUGGAAGAGGUUGAACGCCGGCGUAAAGAGGAGGAGGAGCGCAGGAGGGCUGAGGAGGAGAAAAGGAGGGCUGAUCGGGAGCAGGAGUACAUCCGUCGCCAGCUGGAGGAGGAGCAGAGGCACCUGGAGAUCCUGCAGCAGCAGCUGCUCCAUGAACAGGCCAUGCUACUGGUGAGACCGAACUCUGCUGAUGAGAGGUACCGUAAGAACAUCCAAGGUUCUCCUCAGGCCGCCCAGGUUAAGGUUCAGCCCCCGGUUCCUCCCCGCGCCGCCGAGACCAUCGCCAAUGGAAACACCCCCAUUGCUGUCCAGCCUGCCAUGCAAAGGCCCAUGGAACCCCAGGUCCAGUGGUCCCACCAGGCCGCUCCCCCCGUCGUCUCAUGCUCCCAUUCCUUCAGUGAGCCCAUCGUCCCUAGCUUUGCACACCUCCACCUGUGCUCUCAGGAGCAACACCAUCACCCUGCACCAUCAUCACCCGCACGCACUGACCCGCAGUCCUACCCCCAGCCCAAGGCCCUGCCCCUUGACAAGGCCCCCACAGACGACACCCCUCCCAGGGUUCCUGUGAGGACAACGUCCAGGUCUCCAGUACUGUCACGCAGGGACUCUCCUCUACAUGGCAACUCCAAUGCCACGCCUAACAACCCGGCGGGCCAGAGGAACGCCUGCAGUGCUGCAGCAGAGCCGCGUCUGCUGUGGGAGCGGGUGGAGAAACUGGUUCCCAGGCCAACGAGUGGCAGUGGUAGUACUUGCAGCUCCUCCGGCUCCAGUAACUCAAGCUCCCAGCCCAGCUCUCACAGUGGCUCAGGGGAGAGGUUCAGAGCCCGCUCCUCAUCAAAGUCUGAGGGUUCUCCCCUCCAGCAUCAAGAGCAUGCUGGGAAAAAACCUGAGGAGAGGAAGGAGUCUGUCAGAACUAACCGACUGGCGGGGGAAGUGGACCUGACCGCGCUGGCCAAAGAGCUGCGUGUGGUGGAGGACGUGCAACGCCCCCACAAGGUGACAGACUACUCCUCAUCUAGUGAGGAGUCGGGGACCACGGAUGAGGAUGAGGAUGAUGAAGAGGUAGACCAGGAGGGAGGAGAGGAGUCUACCUCAGGACCAGAGGACUCUCACGCUGUCUCCUCCAGACUAAGCAACGGAGAGAUGGAAUCGGUGAAGACCUUGAUCGUUCACGUCGAGGGCGAGAGUGACUCUAAAACCACACCCUGUAAAGAUGACACUCUGAUCGUCAGACCGAGUACAGGUGACAACAAAAAACGACCUGCCCCGAGCCCUGGUCAUGGCCCUGUCCCUGGGUUUAACACCAGCCCCGGGCUGAUUCGCCCUGCCCUCCAGGGCCACCCUGGUCUCCAAGGCCACCCUGGUCUCCAAGGCCACCCUGGUCUCCAAGGCCACCAGGAGAAAAAUGGCUUUGUGGGCCGCAUUCACCUCCUGCCUGACCUGAUCCAGCAGAGCCACCACUCCCCCUCCUCCUCUGCCUCCUCCUCUCCCUCCUCCUCCAGCAUGGCGAGCCCCACCAUGUCCAUGUCCCCCCAGAGCCCCCUGGACAAGCUCAGCAUACUCCUGGAGAGUCAUUCUGUCAGCAACACAAUGCAGAAACACAAGUCCUCCUCCUCCUUCACUCCUUUUAUCGAUCCACGCCUCCUCCAGGUCUCUACAUCCGGCGCAGCUCUCAACAACCUGGCUUUUGGGAACGACGCCAGGCUGGCGGAGGCACUGAGGGCGGACCCGUCACGUAAAGGCUCCGUGGUCAAUGUGAACCCUGUCAACACACGGCCGCAGAGUGACACCCCAGAGAUCCGCAAGUACAAGAAGAGGUUCAACUCUGAGAUCCUGUGUGCUGCGCUCUGGGGAGUGAACCUGCUGGUGGGGACAGAGAGUGGUCUGAUGCUGCUAGAUCGUAGCGGUCAGGGGAAGGUGUAUCCCCUCAUCAGCCGACGCCGCUUCCAACAAAUGGAUGUCCUAGAGGGACUCAACGUCCUGGUUACUAUAUCAGGCAAGAAGAACAAGUUGCGUGUGUACUAUCUGUCCUGGUUGAGGAACAAGAUCCUGCACAACGACCCUGAGGUGGAGAAGAAGCAGGGCUGGGUCACUGUGGGUGACCUGGAGGGUGCUGUUCACUACAAAGUUGUGAAAUACGAGAGGAUCAAGUUUUUGGUUUUGGCCCUGAAGAACUCGGUGGAGGUCUAUGCAUGGGCACCGAAACCCUACCACAAGUUCAUGGCUUUCAAGUCGUUUGGUGACCUGGUGCACAAGCCCCUGCUGGUUGACCUGACGGUGGAGGAGGGUCAGAGGUUAAAGGUAAUCUAUGGCUCCAGUAACGGAUUUCAUGCUGUGGACGUGGACUCAGGGGCCGUCUACGACAUCUACCUGCCCACCCAUAUCCAGACCAGUAUCCAGUCCCAUGCCAUCAUCAUCCUGCCCAACACAGAUGGCAUUGAGCUGCUGGUGUGUUACGAGGACGAGGGUGUCUAUGUCAACACCUACGGACGCAUCACCAAGGACGUGGUGCUGCAGUGGGGCGAGAUGCCCACUUCUGUGGCCUAUAUCCGUUCUAACCAGAUAAUGGGCUGGGGGGAGAAAGCCAUAGAGAUCAGAUCUGUGGAGACUGGACAUCUCGACGGAGUCUUCAUGCACAAGAGAGCCCAGAGACUCAAGUUCCUGUGUGAGAGGAACGACAAGGUGUUCUUUGCCUCGGUGCGAUCCGGAGGAGCCAGCCAGGUGUACUUUAUGACCCUGGGGCGCACCUCUCUGCUCAGCUGGUAGAGAGACUACACCCCCUCUACACUGGAAACCAACCAACCACGUUUUACCCGACGUUCAACGAUGCCAUCGGUCAAAAGCCAACCACCUCCGACAUAAUCAUGACCUUCGACCCGGGGCAUCGUGCUAUAUUGAGGAUACACAACAUCUUGUUUUUUUCUCCCACCUUUAUUUAACCAGGUAGGCAAGUUGAGAACAAGUUCUCAUUUACAAUUGCGACCUGGCAGAUGACGUCGCCCCAGCCGUGAAUACCAGAUAUGAGAAUUGUAAAAAAAAAAUGAAGUUAAUUGAUUAUAAAUCAAAUAAAAAAAUGUGAAGAAAGGGGGUGAACAGUUUGCCCCACUUUGGUGCUCAACAGGUUGUGGACACACGUCUGUGCGGGGCUGUUGCCCUGAAGGCGUGUGUGUGUGUGUGCGUGUGUGUGUGUGUGUGUGUGUGUCGUUCCUAGUUCCCCUCCCCUUCCUUUCCUUAGCGAAGGAGGGGCAGGGGGCGGAGCAUACAGUGUUAAUGCUACAGUAGUGUAUGUCAAUGUCUUUCUGUUUGGUCCAAUGAUUGCUGACUGCGGGGGGGGGGGAUAAAGAAGCUGUGCAAGGGAGCCAAUUGGUCCUAGGCUCAAUGCUGUCAUGACACAGUGUGUGGGAAGGGCCUAUGCAUUUUACCGUAAGUCUGUUAUCUGAGAGGACUCAGCUGGAGUGUGUUGAUAGUUAGGACAGCUACCGUAUUUUAAUGUGCAAGUUCAUGUAAAAACAUUUGAACCAGAUGGACUUUGAAAUAGUGUUUUUUAUUUUAUUAUGAUUCCCUAAAAAAAAGUAAGUAUUUGGAGUUAAUAUUUAUUUUACCUUGGUUUUAAAAAUCACAAUGCACAUAGCCUCCAGUUUUCUUUGCUUUUAUUUCAACCCACAACACAUUCAAAUGCUUUGAGUCAGAGAGUGGUUGGGUAGAACAUUUAAAUAGUAUCUAUGUAUAAUAAAUAUUAAUUUAAUAUCAUUCAUAGUUUCAAUCGUCAUGUUAGUGGAAUCCUCAGUCCAACAUGACGCUGUGAUCCGGCUUGUACCAUCAGAGUCCAGGAUGGAGGACAUGGUCCUGAUGUGAAUAGACAGAUAUAAUAAAAGAGAGUGGAGGAGAAGGUUCAGGUCAUAUACAGUAUGUGUGUGGUAGUAAAGGGGCCAAUAGAUGAGAGAGGAGGGGUGUCAAUGUAAGUUUUUGUAGCAGGAAGGUUACACAUGGUCAGCAAACCUCAAUGGACUCAUAGACUGUGGAUGGAAAUAAUGGUGGUGUUUUAUUGUUGUUUUUCAUUAGUAUCUUUUUAGGAAUGCAAUGCACUAAGUGUCAAGAAUGUAGAAAGAAAUAUACUGUGUGGUGGUCAAAGGCAUGAGAAUUUUAUUUUUGUUCCUUGUCACAAGUGAUCAAUUUCAAGUUGACACAAGUGAAUAUUAAACAAUGGAGGCUCUAAGGAAGAUGUCGGUUUUUGGGGCAAUUCUGAAUCGUUUCUGAGACUAGGUUGUGACUCCUUUCACAAACUCAAUGUUUUAAAGUGAAUCGGGGCUUAAGCGUUAACAGCUCUGAGUUGAGAAGUUGCUAGGCUACAGUAGUUUCCUGUGGGGCCAGUUUGCUCACAGUAGCUAAAUCAACCAGAUGCGCUAACAGGGCUUUAGACCUCAGUGUUUAACUCUAAAAAAACAUUGCCAGGCUCAAUAAAGAAGUCUUGAGCUCUACUUCUUGUCCUUCUCGUGUGAUGUGUCAGCUUGUUAAUGGAAGGCAAAUCAAAACAACUGUUUCAAAUCAGAGGAGAGCAGAGUAGGUGUGACAUCUGUGAUUCUACAGCUCUCUGAAGGUGUUCACCACAGAAACCCACUUUGGGAAGAUUCUCUUUUGUUGUUGUUCACUGUUAAAGGGUAUAGUCUGUACAUCUGAAGACUAUUCAAUACACUGCAAUAUUCCCUGCCACGACUCUCUCACGACAGGGUAUCUGACCUGCCUAAACCAUGGUGACAAACAACAUUUAAUAUUAUUUUCCUGAGUAGGAUUACCCUACUUUUCCCAAGGAACACAACUGUGGUUUAAUGGUGAUGAUGGAUCAAAGCUAUUUCACCCAAGGGGACAGAUUUUCUACCCGAACUGUGUGUCAGACUCCAUAGUGGGUCAAUCAUUCUCUGAGUUGAGUCUUUCUCCUACUAACAGUCAUGCCAUUCAUUGUGUGUAGAGCUGUGGGAAAGGCACUGCAAAUUAUACAUCACAGAAUUGUUUCACAAGCCAACCUUUUUUAUAUAUGGAAAAAGAAACCUGUUUGAAAAGCGAACCCCAAUGCUGUAUGUGUGUGUGUGUGUGUGUGUGUGUGUGUUGAAUAGCCCCCCCCCCCAGCACUGUCCCACUAUGUCUUUUUGGUUACAUCAAGGCCUUCAUGAGUGGCAUAAGUGAGUUUAUUAAGGUUAUGGUUAUUGAUAUUCUAUUAAUGGAAAGACGGACAACAAUUUCUUCGCAAUCUGAAAAGCAGUCACUUGCUGAUUUUAUGUUUUAUAAAAGUGCCAAUAUGGCAACAUUAAAAGUGUAAAAAGAAUGACGAAACCACUAUGUUGAUAAAUAUACUUUUUUAAGAUCUCACUUGAAGCAUUAAGUUUUAGACUUAGUUAAGAAGCUUAACAAUAGUUUAUGUACUUUGCAGUGGUUGAAUAUUAUAACGCUCAUGUUAGGUUGAGAAAAUGGCAAUGUUUACAGAGGCAAUGUUUUGUUACACUAAUGUGUAUCAUGAUAUUAGUUUUUUUUAGCUUGUUUUAUAUUGAACAUGAUUGAUCAAUAAUCCUAAAUUAUGCCAUUUUUUAGUUUUUUUUUCUCAAACAACUCAAAACACAAUAAAGAAUACACAUGCCACAUUUGAUUUUCCAGAUGAUCCCAUAAUGUCGUUCCCAGCAUUGUGGGGACAUUGUAGUGACAAAGUCCGUUCCUUGCCGGCUUGGAUGUCAGUCAGGCUUGGGUGUUUUUCUCCAGUGUUUCUUCCAUGCUACUCUAACUUAUGUGCUCUCUGUGUAUGACAGGAAGUCUUGUAUUUUCCUGAAGGUCUUUUCUCUUUGAAUAAACUCUAAAGUAAUUUAAA